AUGGAAAUCGAUAAAGGAUCCGGGGGUGGGCAAUCCACCCCUCAAAAUCAAAAAGCAGACUCAGCACAGUUGUUACACGAAAACCCUCCACCUGCAAACUCUACGCCGUCCUCGGCAACACCAUCACGGCGUCGACAGGAAACUCGUCCUCGGUCUAAACGUCUCACACCCAACGAGAAUUUAGCUCUUCUCAGACAUGCAUCGGAACAUCGCCAUUUGAUCGCCAAUGAGAUAGGAAAUACAGCUUACUACAAGGCGGUUGCCGCUGCUCUCACCGAUUCGCUACGUCUGCCAACCCCAUAUAACUGGCAAACCACAAAGGCAUACAUCCAAAACGGGAUGAGAGAUCGUCGCUGGCAACUUCAACGAUCGGCGUCAGUGGAACCGACCAGGCCGGGUGCGACGUCAGAGUAUUCGCAGAAAGUUGAACGUUUCAUCGAUGAUAUCAUUGCCCAAUUUGAUUUGAUCAAGCAAAGGGUCUCUUCUACAAAGGAAGCCGAAGACGUGCGGGUUCAAAUGAUGCUGGAUGCUCAAAUCCUGGGAACUCAAAGUGAAAACCUCGCUGGGGGGAGUGGCCCAGCUGCUCAAGAGAGCCCUGUGGACACGUCUCCCGCUACUCAUGUCAACGCAGCCCCACCGGCAGUCCCUCCAACAAAUCACGGUCGCAAAAAGACCCUAGUUCCACAUCCCUCACAAGCAGCUCCUCCGAUAUACUCUCGCCCCGCACCAGCUUCAUAUCCACAAGUUCUGCAAGGAGCUCCUCCGUCGCGUUCCUAUCUCGCACAAGCUUCAAAAUCACACACUCCACUCGCUCCAAACUCACAUGCCUCAAUAGCUCAAGCUUAUCCGAAAUCUUCUGCUGGUCAGGUGGCGACUCCGGAACCAGGACCAGUGGUCCCUGAGAUAGGCGCUAAUCUCGAACAAACCUCUAAUCUCCACCAAUUGAGCGCAUUGGUUGGACCUGUUAGAGACCUUGUCAAUGCAAUGGGCAAGGAUAUGAAUUCGAAGGUUGGAGUUGAUGAAGAGAUCAAGUUGAUCAAGGACGAUAUCAGCGAGAUCAAGGCCAGCAUUGACUACCUGAUCCGUACGCUAUGCUUACCGCGCUGCUCGAACUGUUCGAAAGAAAGCAGCUGA